AGAGAACGUCUGCGUCGAUCGUAUCUAAUCGACGCUCGUGUUACAACUCGAGUUUUAUUUCGCGCGAGUCAUUCGUUGCAGUAUCUUGCUAAUACAAAAUCAGUUAAAAGGUAUCUUACCUAUCUUUAACCCUUUCGAUAUGUUUUUUGAUGGAUCGAAAUGACAUUAUCGUAGUUUUGUUAAAGCAACAAUAACGAGAAAAGAAGGAAGAAAAAAACAUGAAAAAUUUUGCGAUGACAAUUUCUAUUCUUCCGAGCUAUGAUUUUUUGCACGAAGAAUGAUAAAUAAAUCAUUGGAAGAAUUAUCUGACAAGAUUGUUGGAGAUUUAGAAAUAAUCUCUCGAGAUAAAGAAUAAAUUUGACAAUUUCAGAGAGAGUAUCAGAGCCAUGGAGAAAAUCGAGAACGGUGUUUAUAAGCAAAAUGGUUACACGAACGAGGUUUUCCAGAUGGAAAAUAUUCCUCCGGGACAAAGAGAAAAUAAUCAGAAAAUGAAAGAAGAGGAUGCGAAAAAUAUUUCCUCCAGGGCGGAAUGGGGAGGAGGAUUACAAUUUUUAAUGGCGUGCAUCGCUACUUCCGUAGGCCUUGGAAACGUGUGGAGAUUUCCCUUUACCGCCUAUGAAAACGGAGGAGGUGCUUUCCUAAUACCUUACGUUAUCGUUUUGAUAUUCGUCGGGAAACCUUUUUAUUUUUUGGAAGCUCUUCUCGGCCAAUUUACCAACAGAUCAUGCGCGAAGACGUGGGGCAUGGUACCAGCCAUGAAAGGUUUGGGAUACGGUCAAGCAUUCGCAGCGUUUUGCGUUCUUACCUAUUAUUGCUCCUUAAUGGGUUUAACUCUUUAUUAUCUCGUGGCUAGUUUUCAAUCUGAGUUACCUUGGUCUUACUGUCGAGAAGAAUGGAAGGAUUAUUGCGUCGAUACAGUUUCGAAGGAUAACAACUUGAAUGGGAGUGCCAGUUUAUUGACUAUUUAUAACGGCACCUUUCGUAGCUCUGCAGAACUAUAUUUUAGAAAGAUCGUCCUGAACGAGUACGAAUCCAUCGAAAAUGGAAUUGGAACACCCUCUUGGCAGCUCAUGAUCUGCCUCUUCAUAAGUUGGGCAACGAUCUUCUGCGUCCUGUGUCGAGGAAUAAAAAGUACAGGGAAAGCUGUGUACUUUCUCGCUAUAUUUCCAUACGUUAUCAUGACAGGUUUAUUGAUCAGAUCGGUGACCCUCGAAGGAGCGGUGAACGGAAUUCUUUUCCUCGUUACGCCGGAUUGGGACAAAUUGUGGCAACCGAAUGUUUGGUACGCCGCCAUCACCCAAUGCUUCUUCUCCCUUUCCGUUUGCUUCGGCCCGAUCCUUACUUACUCGUCCUACAACAAUUUCCAACACGCUCUUGGCAGGGACGUAUUGAUAGUGACCACUCUGGAUACUUUCACCAGCCUAAUAGCAGGAUGUACGAUUUUUGGCAUUCUCGGCAAUCUGGCCCACGAAUUGGGUAACGCGGAUAUAUCAAAGGUGGUUCGUGGUGGUACAGGGCUGGCUUUCAUCUCUUAUCCGGAAGCGCUGUCCCAGUUCAAUUUUGUCCCACAACUUUUCGCCGUCCUGUUCUUCAUUAUGAUGUUCGUGCUCGGCGUUGGAAGCGCUGUCGCUCUUUGCGGCGCCAUUUUUUGCAUCCUUUGCGAUCAUUUCCCGAAUACGAAACACUGGCAGCUGGUCUUUAUUCUUUCCGUUUUUGGAUUUCUCGUUAGCCUCGUCUACGUUACACCUGGUGGGCAAUGGUUCGUAACUUUGGUCGAUUAUUAUGGAGGUACCUUCGUGGCGAUCAUCGUCGGUGUCUUGGAAAUGAUAACAGUGUUCUGGAUCUACGGUUUGUCGAAUUUUAUCAACGAUGUCGAGUUCAUGCUUGGUAGAAGACCGUCAUGUUAUUGGAGAUUGUGUUGGGCUUUUAUUACACCCAUAUUAAUGAUCGUUAUUCUGAUCUACACGGUCGUCAGUUAUGAGUCGCCUACUUAUGAUAAUAUGCCAUUUCCAGAUUAUGCUUAUGGUAUAGGAUGGUUCCUACUAACUUUGGCACUUUUCGUGAUCGUUGGCUGCAUUUUGCAGAAAAUGAUACAGUUAAGAUCGUCGUCUAUAAUCGAAACUAUCAAAGCAGCGUUCAAACCCAACGAGGAAAAAUGGGGCCCCAGAGAUCCUAAUAUUCGGUCAGAGUGGAAGGAAUUCGUUGCUUAUAAAAAUUUCCAAAAUAGAGGCGGUUUUGUCAAGACUUUCUUAAAAUAA